AUGGCAGACGUUGAAAAGGUUCACGAUGGGUCCUCUGAUGACCCGGAGAAGGUCGCGCAUUUGACUCCUCAAGCGACAAUUGGAGAUGGAGAUAUCAAGGAGCCACGAUUCAUUCAUGCAGACAUUAAUGACGGAGAUAUCGCCCUCAAAGCGUUUGUUGGUCAUGAGGGGGAGGUGAUUGUAAUGACACCAGAAGCUGAGAGAGCAUUAUUGAGGAAGAUUGACUGGAAUCUUAUGCCGAUGCUAUGCGUGGUAUACGGUCUCAACUACCUCGACAAGACGACCCUCUCUUACGCAUCAAUUAUGGGACUGCAAACAGACAUCCAUCUCAAAGGCACCAACUAUCAAUGGCUAGGGAGCAUGUUCUAUAUCGGUUAUCUUGCUUGGGAAUACCCUACGAAUCGACUCCUGCAGCGGCUUCCCUUGGCAAAGUGGUCUGCAUUCAAUAUUAUCAUGUGGGGUUUAACUCUAUGCUGCAUGGCUGCAGUGAAGAACUUCGCUGGUGCAGUUGCCGUCCGUUUCUUCUUAGGUGUAUUUGAGGCAGCAGUCACACCUGGUUUCGCACUCUUCACUUCUCAAUGGUAUACACGACAAGAACAAGGUACUAGAACUGGUAUCUGGUUCAGUUUCAACGGGUUUGCACAGAUCUUUGGUGGUUUGGUUGCAUAUGGUAUCUCUAUCGGAGUCAAGAAACAUGGAGCUGUCAUCAAGUCGUGGCAGAUUGUUUUCUUGGUCAUCGGCUUGAUUACUGCGACCGUUGGGGUGAUCUUCCUCUACUUCAUGCCAGAUAACCAGCUUAAUGCAAAAUUUCUGAAGCCGCAUGAGAGGUUGAUGGCCAUUGAACGGAUUAGGAAGAAUCAACAAGGUGUGGGAAACAAGCAUUUCAAGAUGUAUCAACUCAAGGAGGCGCUGACCGACCCAAUGACAUGGGCUUUCGUUUUCUUUGCAUUAGUGGCUGAUAUUCCUAAUGGCGGUAUCUCCAACUUCUUCUCCCAACUUAUUGUGUCCUUUGGAUACACAGCCGACCAAUCUCUACUUUACGGCACUCCAGGAGGAGCAAUCGAAGUCAUCUUCCUCAUCGUUUGUGGUUAUCUCGGAGACAAGCUUGGACGACGCGUCUUGGUGGCAUGUUCAGGCAUGCUCACUUCGAUUCUAGGCAUGCUCCUGAUUGUCUGUCUCCCAUUGUCGAAUUCCAAAGGACGUCUUGCUGGUUACUACUUCACACAAGCAUCACCUACCGGAUUUGUUGCCUUGCUCUCCCUCCUUGCUAGCAACGUGGCGGGCUACACCAAGAAAACUACCGUUGGUGCCCUCUACCUUAUUGCAUACUGCACUGGUAAUAUCAUCGGACCACAAACUUUCAGGCCAAAAGACAAACCGCGAUAUGUUCCAGCAGAGAUCACGAUUGUUGUCUGCUACAGCGUUUGCGUACUGGAUCUAUUGUUCAUUCAUUGGUAUUAUGCUAGAGAGAACAAGAAGAACGAGAGAGUGAGAGCACAGCCCGGGUACAGAAAGUUGGAUAAGCAGGAGUUCUUAGACUUGACGGAUAAAGAGAAUCCAGAGUUCGUCUAUACUUUGUAG